CCUACAUCCUCCCACAUCCUAAUAGCACAAACUGUAUUGUAGCCUCUUUGUCCAAUUCCAUGACGCCACGUCAAUCUUGUCUUGAGGACAAGUUUCCUUUUAGGCUCUUUGUCCAAUUCCUUGCCUAUUCACAAAGCGAGAGAGAGUCCUUUUUAGCCAAAAGGAAGAGAACCGGAAGAAGGAUAUCCAAACCAGCAUUCUUGUGGAGAAAAAUUCAUUUUCCACUAACCACUCCCUCUAAGAGUGCUGUUCGGAAGUUAUCACAACAAAGAUGCAAGGGCGUUUUUUCUGGAGAGGAACCUAUGGUGAGGGAUGGUUUGAUUCAUCUCCAAGGAGAUGAAGACAAAGAUAAUGCUGAAAGGGUGGUGCUCUGGAACCAACAAGUCAGAAAGGAGAGGUUACUUAAUAAGUACAAAGAUUUUGUGAACAUGGCAUAUCAACUGUUGCAUUGUACUCCAAAGUUUUCGAAAAAGGCAGAAAGGCUUCACAUAGCCAUUCACAUGCAUGAACAGUACUUGAUUCCAACAGCUAAAAAAGAAAUAGAUUCUAUAUCUGAUCAACUUAUCACCUUGAUGGACCGGUUGGACUCUUUAAACCGGUGGACACUCUACUAA